AUGUAUUCACCUACACAACCAUCAUAUGGUUUAGAAGGGCCCUCUGAUUCUUCCACUUCACCUGUUGCCCAUCAUCAACAAGAACAUCCAUUCGUACCUACUCCCAGUAGUAGCAAUAGCAGACGUAGCAGCAGCAGUCGGCUUUUCAACCAGCAAUCACCACCUAUACCACAUCCUUCUUCUUCGUAUCAACUAUAUCAACGACAUCAAGAACACAGUUUUGGAGCAGCUGCAGCCUCUAUGGCUCUAAGUCCCAGUGCUGGACGUCCAAUUCCUUUUGCUGAUGCGCACACACAACACCAAUGGCUAGGCACCAGUCUUGAUUCAGCAACACCAGCAUCUCCAACGCCAUUUGGCCAAUCGCCUUUAUUCCAAGGCCACGACCUUGUGGCUUCAACGUCUACGGGUCAUAUCGAUGGUAGUGGUGGCUUUACCACGGGUGAGGAAGAUGAAGUGCAACAACGCAAUUUGCAGGAAAUGUUUGAAAAGCGUCGUCGACGCCGUGAAUCCCAUAAUGCUGUCGAACGUAGGCGAAGGGAUAAUAUCAAUGAAAAGAUCCAAGAGCUAGGCUCAUUGCUUCCCGAUCACCUGAUUGAUGCAGUACCUCCUACAGCCAAUGUCAUGACACCUUCUUUACAACAAGGCAAUAAUAGUAAUCCUGCUGCCAGAACCAUCAACAAGGGGACUAUUUUAAAACUAUCCGUCGAUCACAUCAAGGAACUUCAAUCAGAGUUAUCGAGAUACAAGGAUAGGAUCAAUCAACUCGAGCAUAUGAUCAAGGACAUGAAGCAUCAUUCUUCUUCUGCUGGCGAUGUUAUUGAGCACCAAUAA